AUGUUCGGACGAGUUUACCGAAUUGAAGGAGACGAUAGCGGAUCUGAUGGUAGCAGAAUUGCGGCCUAUGCGUCUUUUGGUGGCCUCCUUAUGAGGUUGAAGGGAGAGGCGUUCAACCUUCACGGGUUUGAACUGGACUCCAACAUCUACCUUUUGAUUAAGAAGGUCGAAUUCUGA